GAUUUUUUCGAAAAGAAAAUAGUAGAAAAGUGGAUGACCGAACGAAAAACACCAAAAAGGAAGGAAAUUCGAUAGUUUGAGAUGUCGGCCAACCGACCCUUUCACUUACUUUGUUGCAAUACCCAAAAACCCUAUUAUAGUCUCUUUGAUUUCAACGAUAUUUCACUAUUUCAUUUACUAGUUUCUUUGUAAUCUUGCAGUUGAACAAAACCCAGUAACUGAAAUGUCGUUUUUCUUUGGAUUAGCUCUGGGUUUUGUUGUUGGACUUGCUAUCAUUAUUGGGUUUGUCAAGUGUGAGAAUGCAAGAUCCAACCGUCGUUCUCAUCUUGCCACUACCGUAGCUGCUUUUGCUAGAAUGACAGUGGCAGAUUCAAGAAAAAUCUUGCCUUCUGAAUUUUACCCUUCUUGGGUUGUUUUUUCUCAGCGCCAGAAGCUGACUUGGCUUAAUCAUCAUCUCACCAAGAUCUGGCCUUAUGUCAAUGAGGCAGCUUCUGAGUUGAUAAAGGCUAAUGUGGAGCCUGUUCUUGAGCAAUAUAGGCCGGUGAUAUUGUCAUCUCUAAAGUUUUCCAGGUUUACUCUCGGAACUGUUGCACCACAGUUCACAGGAGUUUCUAUUCUUGAAGAUGAUGGGAGUGGUGGCAUCACCAUGGAGUUGGAAAUGAACUGGGAUGGGAAUCCAAGUAUAAUUCUUGAUAUUAAGACUAGACUUGGUGUUUCCUUGCCUGUGCAGGUGAAAGAUAUCGGAUUUACUGGGAUUUUCAGGCUGAUCUUUAAGCCACUAGUCAAUGAGUUUCCUUGUUUUGGAGCUGUUUCUUUUUCUCUUCGACAAAAGAAAAAGCUUGAUUUGACUCUUAAAGUUAUUGGUGGUGAUAUAUCAACAAUUCCAGGACUUCAAGAUGCGAUUGAGGGCACAAUAAGGGACGCUAUUGAAGAUUCUAUCACCUGGCCAGUUCGGAAAGUCAUCCCAAUUUUGCCUGGGGAUUACAGUGAUCUAGAGUUGAAGCCUGUUGGGAUAUUGGAAGUGAAGCUUGUACAAGCAAAGGAGCUGACAAACAAAGACCUCAUUGGGAAAUCGGAUCCCUUUGCUGAAUUAUACAUACGUCCUAUACGUGACAGAAUAAAAACCAGCAAAACAAUCAACAAUGAGCUUAACCCAAUUUGGAAUGAACACUUUGAAUUUAUUGUUGAAGAUUCUUCCACUCAACACUUGGUGGUAAAAAUAUUUGAUAACGAAGGGCUGCAGGCUUCUGAGCUCAUUGGAUGUACUCAAGUGCAGCUAAGUGAGCUGCAGCCUGGUAAAGUGAAGGAUGUGUGGUUGAAGCUGGUUAAAGAUUUGGAGGUCCAAAGGGAUAAUAAAAACCGAGGGCAGGUUCAUUUGGAGCUUUUGUACUGUCCCUUUGGCAUGGAGAAUGGGUUUAAAAACCCUUUUGCUCCUACCUUUUCAAUGACCUCAUUGGAGAAGGUCCUAAAAAGUGGGUCUGAUGGAGUUGCUGAAAAUGAACAAGCAACCCAAAGGAGAAGGGAUGUCAUUAUUAGAGGAGUUCUUUCUGUAACUGUGAUAUCUGCCGAAGAUUUACCUGCUGUAGAUUUGAUGGGCAAGGCUGAUCCUUAUAUUGUUCUAACAAUGAAGAAAUCAGAGGCAAAAAACAAAACCAGGGUUGUGAAUGACAGCUUGAACCCUGUUUGGAAUCAAACUUUUGACUUCGUUGUCGAAGAUGGAUUGCACGAUAUGCUAAUUCUUGAAGUUUGGGACCAUGAUACAUUUGGCAAGGACUACAUGGGAAGAUGCAUACUGACAUUGACCAGGGUGAUUUUGGAAGGAGAAUAUAAAGACAAGUUUCAGGUGGAUGGUGCUAAAUCUGGAUGGCUAAAUCUGAACCUCAAGUGGACACCACAGCUUAUCUAUCGCGACUCGUAGGUAUCUCGACAGCAGAGAAUGGUUCAACAUAGCUCUCAGAGGCUCGGAUAUAUACCCAUGCAGUAGAUUAAUGCAUAGAGAAGAAUAUUUAGUGGGUAGCAAUCAAUAAAUUCUUGCGCGCUAUGUACAUGUGAAGAGUGGAGAGUACUUAUAUUAGUGUACAUAAAUAUUUUUUGCAAAAAUUAGGCUGUGAUUUGAGGUUUAUAAGUGAAAAAUUAACGAGACUAUUGUAAUGCUACAUUUUUCUGGCCUUAUUCUUCAUUAUGUUUAA